AUGUUGAUCAAGGCGUCGGAUGUCGAGGCGAGAAAGAAGAGCAAACAGGACCACGCCAUCGAGAAAGAGAGUAUUGUUGACAAAAAUGAGGUGGUUCCACCUAUUACCAAGAACACCAAGAAAGCUGUGACACAGCAAAUCAAGCAAACCCGCCCCACCGAGGAGAUGGAUUUCGAUGCCAACCUUGGGGCCAACCUGCAACACCCCCCCCCCGGUAGAGAAGAACAAAGAGAUUUCUGA